GCCAAACACCCAUCCAUACUUUAAUUCUUUAGAUCCACCACCCUUUUGGGCCUUAUUAUCCUAUUGCUUUUUCUUGGUAGGGUUGAUUGAGGUGAGCCGUCUCUCCCUGUAUUGUCCUAACGAGAAUUCAUCCCUUCCAUCCUAUCAGAUUGGGUCAGAGCUUAAGGUUUCACAGUGUCUGAAAUGGAGACCGAUGAGGAUGCUCUGAAAAAAACCCAGCUAGUGGAAGCCCGAGCAAGAAAUAUUAGUCACAAUGUUAGGUGUAUUGAGUGUGGUAGUCAAUCCAUUGAAGAUUCACAAGCAGAUAUUGCGAUUCUCCUCAGAAAGUUGAUUCGUGAUGAGAUUCGGUCUGGGAAAUCGGACAAAGAUAUCUACAAAAAGCUUGAGAAUGAUUAUGGGGAGACGAUCCUUUAUACCCCAAAGUUUGACCUUCAAACUGCAGGCUUAUGGCUAUCACCGGUGAUAGUGGCUGGUGCUGCUGUAGGAGUAUGGGCUUAUAGUAAGCACAAGCAAAGGUCUAAUGUUCACAUCAUGGCUUUAAAUCUGGUCAGGGGUGUUCCAUUGACCCCUAAAGAGAAGCAAACCAUGUUAGAUCUCCUCUCACCUCCGCCUUCUCAGAGAACCCCUUCUUCAUGGUGGAGGAAUUGGCGUAGGCAAUGAGGCAACUGCUCCUUAUUGCUAGCUCGAACAACAGUUCAAAGAGUUUCAGAGUAUGUUGAAGAUCUACACAUUAGAUUACAAAUCUGAAAGCAUUACAAUUUUUGUACUGUAUUAUACUCAACGAUGGUUUUAUGAUUACUUUUGCUAGAAAAAAUGUUACCUACAUUGUGAAUAUGAACUUGCACCUUACAAUUCUGUUUAUAUUUGUUUCUUAUCGCCAGUUUAGAUGUUACCUAGUUAGGUUCAUAGGGUUCUCUGAAGGAAACACACCAAUGAACAGAAGUUUGGAUUACCACACAAUUCCAGGUUGUUAUCACACUAUUCCUGGACCCUAUUUUCAUUUAAAAUUCUAAAGGAUUAUGCUCCAA